AUGUCUGAUAAUCGUCCUCCUUUGCCUUCAGCUUCUUUGCACGAUGAACCAUAUAGCGAUCCUUUCGCAGACAGACCUCGCCAGACUCAUUUCCAGGAGCCGGCUCGUCCGUAUGAAAGUGCUGUGUCCUUGAAUCAACCUUUUGAGAGCACUGCUACUUUACCUCGCGAAUUCGGCGGUAACUACGCAGACGAUGACUAUGCAGAGAAAAUUCCUUUGACGGGUGGUGAUGGUUACAAUGGCGCCUAUUAUCCUCCUGGGCCUAUUGAUCCCACUGCAUAUGGUGACCCUUACUCCCGUCCAUUGUCGUCUAUGUCGUCCUCCACAAAUGGCGUGGAGACUGCAUGGAGACGUCGCCAAACUAUCAAGCGCGGUGUAACUCGCAAAGUCAAGUUGACAAAGGGAAAUUUCAUCACGGAGUACCCCGUCCCUACCCCAGUGCAGAGCGCAAUUGAGGCUAAAUAUGCUGCCACGAACACCACUGAAUUCUCGCAUAUGCGGUACAGUGCUGCAACUUGUGAUCCAGAUGAGUUCACAGAGGCAAACGGGUGGUCCUUGCGCACGAAGAUGUACAAUCGUCAGACCGAGAUUCUUAUCGCGGUCACGUCAUACAACGAAGACAAGACCCUUUACGCCCGCACACUUCACGGUGUCAUGUUGAAUAUCCGUGAUAUUUGCAAGACUAAACAAUCAAAGUACUGGAAGAGAACUGCUGAAGAAGGCAAUCCUGGGUGGCAGAGAAUCACAGUUGCCUUGAUUGUCGAUGGUCUGGAGCCUAUGGACAAGAGUGUCCUAGAUAUUCUAGCCACUGUUGGUGUUUAUCAGGAUGGUGUUAUGAAAAAGCAAGUCGAUGGAAAAGAUACAGUGGCCCACAUAUUCGAGUACACUACACAAUUGUCUGUUGAUGCCACACCUCAGCUGGUCCUUCCUCACGAGAAUGAUCCCAACAAUUUGGUCCCAGUUCAAAUUAUCUUUGUCCUUAAAGCCAAGAAUCAAAAGAAGAUUAACUCUCAUCGUUGGCUCUUUAAUGCUAUCGGAAAAAUACUAAAGCCGGAAAUCUGUGUCCUCCUUGAUGCUGGUACGAAACCUGGGCACAAAUCUAUUUACUACCUUUGGGAAGCUUUCUACAACGAUGCACACCUUGGAGGGUGCUGUGGUGAAAUUCAUGCUAUGAUUGAGGGCGGUAGGAAACUUCUUAACCCUCUUGUUGCCGCUCAGAACUUCGAGUACAAAAUGUCAAAUAUUCUCGACAAACCUUUGGAAAGUAGUUUCGGCUAUGUGUCUGUUUUACCUGGUGCUUUCUCCGCCUACCGGUAUCGUGCUAUCCUUGGGGUACCCUUAGAGCAGUAUUUCCACGGUGAUCACUCUCUAGCAGACCGUUUAGGUCCAAAGGGUAUCUAUGGAAUGAAUAUCUUCACAAAGAACAUGUUCUUAGCUGAGGAUCGUAUCUUGUGUUUCGAGCUUGUUGCCAAAGCUGGUGACCGGUGGACUUUGACCUAUGUCAAGCCUUCCAAGGCCGAGACCGAUGUACCAGAAAAUGCAACAGAGCUAAUUGGUCAACGUCGCCGUUGGCUUAACGGUUCAUUUGCUGCGUCGGUCUAUGCCAUCGUUAACUUCUUCAAGCUCUAUCGUUCUGGUCAUGGAAUUAUCCGCAUGUUCUUUUUCCACAUUCAAGCCCUCUAUAACGUCUUUUCAUUGGCGUUUUCGUGGUUUUCGAUCGCCAAUAUUUGGUUGACGUUCAGUAUUAUCAUUGAUCUGCUUCCAUCGCAAAACAUGAUUAUUUUUGGGACUGCGGAUGUCACUCAUUGGGUUAACCUGGCUUUCAAAUGGAUUUAUCUGGCUUUCUUAGCGCUUCAGUUCGUUUUAGCCUUGGGAAACAGACCGAAAGGUGAACGGAUGGCCUACACCAUAACACUCUGGGUCUAUGCCUUCUUCGCAGUCUAUCUUCUCGUUUGUUCCUUCUGGUUGACUGGAAAGGCUUUUAGUAAUAUUCCCAACGAGCUCAAGAACAAGACCACUAUUCAAGUGAUUGAGACUUUCUUCACGCCUCCAGUGGGUGCUCUUAUUGCAGCCAUGGUAUCUACGUUUGGUAUCUACCUCUUUGCGUCUUUCCUUUAUCGCGACCCUUGGCACAUGUUUUCUAGUUUCUUCCAGUACCUUUGCCUUGCGCCGAGCUUUACAAAUGUGUUGAACGUUUACGCCUUCUGUAAUUUGCAUGAUGUAUCAUGGGGUACCAAAGGUAGCGACAAGGCUGAAGCCCUACCAUCUGUCUCGUCUAAGAAGGCGAAAGAUGCUGAGGCGCCAGUUGUCGAGGAUACUGCUCGUAGCCAGGAAGAUGUAGAUUCCGCUUUCAAAGAGACCGUUACGCGUGCAGUGACCAAGAUCGACGUGAAGGAAGUUAUCGAAAAGCCUACAAUGGAUGAUCAGAACAAAACUUUCCGUACUCGUCUUGUGGCCUUAUGGAUGAUCACGAAUGCUGGGUUGGCUGUUGCAAUAGAGAACAUCAAUGGUCUUACGAAUGUUGAUGAAGCACAAUUGGACGCGAAUGAGUUGCGUACGAAACAAAACACGUAUUUCGCCGUCAUCCUCUACUCGACUUUCUUCCUUUCCGCAGUGCGGUUUAUUGGAUGUUUGUUCUAUUGGUUCAAGCGCAAUUUGUUCAGAUGUUGCCGAAGGAAUUAAAGAGUUGUUGCAUACAGAUUUUCAUUUCUCCAUAUGGACUGUUCACUGAAAUUUCCAUCUACUUUCUUUUAUAUCUGUUGCAUUCUGAAGUUCACGGGACAUUACAUGAGUGUUGUUUCUACGCUACCUCAUCAUGACACUCCAUUCCUUAUACCUAGUGGUCCAUCUGUCCCCUGCGCCCAGGCCGACGUAGAUAGGUGAGGCGCAUGCAGCCUCGGGCAAUUUGCGGGUAGUGGUAAUUAAUUAGAUUUGGAUAAUAAGCCAUUUGUCGAUUGGACAAUUGCAAUGCUAAUCAUAGCUACAGCUGUGAACAUGCAGUAUAAUAAAUAUAUCAGCUAGGUUAUUCUCGGUGCUAGUGCUUCACGAGUACAUCCCAGCAAAUUCAUGAGCAUCAUCAUUAUGAGAAUCAUCUCUGCUACUCUGAUUGGUAGAAUUAUCGGUACGGCCGUCGAGCCUAGAUAAGUGCCUCGCGUAUUGACGGAAAGGUUCCAAAUCAUUGUUAAGGAUGAGGCCGUCAAGGCCUCCAAAUAUAUUAGGAGCCUGAGGGGUAGUCGUAUCACGUUCAUCAUUAUUAGGGUCAGUCGGGAUGAAAGGCCGACGACAUGUUGGACAGGAAUCGUGUGCAUCGUUGAUCCACUUCAAUAUGUCUCUACGACAAAAUAUAUGUCCACAGCUCUCACUCAACUUUGUUACGCCAAGCAGUUCGGGAGGGUGUGCUGGAGAGUCCAUGGCAAGUGCCAUCUCUUCCUCGGCGAUUAUCGCGAGAAAAGGGUUGAAACAUAUUGGGCAGAGAGACUCUAAAGUAGGUUCGUGAGGAUAAUAACAAGAUUGAUGUCAAAGAUGACAUGAUUCGGAAGCUGACCUUGGUGACCGGCCUUCAGGAGAUCCUCCUCAGUGAGUUGGGGUAGGCCUUUGAUCAAGUCUGCAGUCUGUCUGAGCUGAUGUUAAUGCUAUUGGGAGUGGGUAAUGCCACUAUACACGAAUAGACCACAUACUGUUGCGUUCUUCGACUCGCAGAGGACAGAGCCGCGAGAUGAGGAAUGAUUUCAUUCAUAUCCUCUAGGUUGAAGUGCAUGUGCAUAUCAGACAUCUUAUAGCUCUUCACUGAAACGAAAUAGGGUGUCCUGCAGUUGGUCAAAUCGAGUGUCUGAUGGUAUAGACCGAGGAGGUUCAAGCUAUUAUUCAGGACUCC